GCGGCGGGAGCAGAGGACACCCGGAAUCCUGCGGCUCCGGCGCUGCUUGAACUCCGCACCCUGGGAACAUCGCCCGCAUUCCGCAGGAUUUCCCAUCCCCAAAUCUUGGCUGAAUGGAGGUGGCUGUGAGGAAGAGGAAGAUGCCCUGGGACCCCCAGGCAGAGCAGGAGCUGAGCAUGGAGAGCAGGGAGGACAAAUCCCCACAGCAGCAGAACCUCAUGGAAGAGGCCGUUUUGAGUGACUCCACAGUGCAGGAAUCCGAUGGAGAGGAAAAUCCCCAGAUAUCUCCCCGGAGGAGGGGCUGCAAACGCAGCCCUGGGUGCUCUGAGGAGGAAAGAGCCACCCUGUGCCAGGAAGGUGGGCAGAGCUUCAGCCAGAGCUCGGAGCUGGUGCUCCAUGAGCAGCUCGAUGAUGGGGAGAAGCCCCACAAGUGCUUGGAGUGUGGGAAGGGCUUCAGCUGGAGGUCCCGCCUGCUCCGCCACCAGAUGAUCCACACUGGGGAGAAGCCCUACGAGUGUCCUGAGUGUGGGAAGGGCUUCAGAGACAGCCCCCAGCUCACCAUCCACCAUCGCAUCCACACCGGGGAGCGGCCCUACGAGUGUUGGGAGUGUGGCCAGAACUUCCUCCGGAGCUCCCACCUGACCUCCCACCAGAAGAUCCACACAGGGGAGAAGCCCUACGAGUGUUCUGAGUGUGGGAAAUCGUUUCAGACCAGCUCCCUUCUCCUCAUCCACCAGCGGAUUCACACAGAGGAGAGGCCCUUCCGCUGCCCCGACUGCAGGAAGGGCUUCAAGCACAACUCCCACCUCACCAGGCACCGGCGCAUCCACACCGGGGAGAGGCCCUACGAGUGCCCUGAGUGUGGGAAGAGGUUCAGGACCAGCUCAGUCUUGAAUCAACACCAGUGGAGGCACCGCUAAGAGAAGCCCUGCAAGCCCUGGCUGCAGGAAGAGCUUCAUGCGCUGCUCCAACUCCAUCCCCCAUCAGAGAACCCUCGUUGCAGAGAGCCCUGGCGUCCCACAUUCCCAGUAAUCCAAGUUGGGAAGACACCUGGCUGGUGGUCUCCACAUCAUCCCGGGUCCCUGUAGGCACCUGACUCAACGCUGGGGCAGGAACAUCCAUUGGGUCUCAGCUCCAUACUGGAAACUCCUUGGGAAGAGCUGAUUUUUGACCUUGUCUUGCUUUGAAAGAGAGGUGUCUGCUAAAGAAGGCAGGAGCCAUCCUUGGAAUGGAAAAUGUAAACCCCCUUCCUCUGAAUUAUUACAAUUGUGAAAUUAAGCGGUUCUCAGGCAAAGAUAUGGGAGUAGGAAUAACAGUUCUUUACUGGUGUGUAAGUAAAGCAAAGAAAGAACAACAAGUACAGCAUUGACAGAGGCUCUGCUGCACAAACCCUCAGGUGUGGGUUUGAUGAUCCAGGUGCCCCAGCAGGGCUCAGGGUGCACCAGGCUGGGCUGGCAAGAUGUGUCAGCAGGCAGGGGGUGUGGGGUGUGAAAAACACGUUCAGUCUCCUGUGAAAAUUUAAAAAGUUUAAUAGAGGACAAUAGGAAACAAGGACCAUAGAGCAAUGGUUAUUACAGCCAGGUGCAUCUUGGCACUCAGCCUUAAAUACCUUUUCCCUUACAUCAAUCUUUUGCAUAGUCAUAGACCCUUAUGCAUAGUAAACUUUUUCCCAAACUAGUUUACAUGUUCCAAGAACUGUUUAGUAUAUUUCCUCCUUGCAUCUGCCUUUUUAGGGCAUGAGUAUUCCUGGCUUGUGGUUUUAGUCCUUUUUUAUCAUCAUCUUCAGUUUUGGGUCCAGUCCACUCUGCCUUCAGACAGUGGUUGCUGAUAGUUGGCAGAUCUGUACAGGUGUCCUCAUCCUGUGUCCUUGUGUUAGGAAAAUUAAUCCACAAACAUCAGAGGUUUAAGUCCAGAAAGGAGACAGAGGAGUCCUUUUACUUUAUUUGAAUAAAGGGAGAGGC